AUGCAAGAUAAUUGUACAGCUAAAUUAUUUGUUAAUUAUCCUCUACAACUUACUAUACAAGAUUAUGAAUUCCCUAGGGAAAUAUUGAACGAAACCCUAGCAGUAUGGCAAGAUCGUGUUGCAGCAGAAAUUCUUUUUUCUCUUCAUUUAGAUAAAAGGGUUUAUUAUGAUCUUACUGGCAAAUUAAUUAAUGUGAAGGUAUAUUUACUAAACCCUUUGCAUAGAGACACCGCAAGAAUCACCAGCACCAGCACCAGCAACAGCAGCAGCAACAGCAGCAGCAGCAGCAACAGCAGCAGCAGCAGCAGCAGCAGCAGCAGCAGCAGCAGCAGCAGCAGCAGCAGCAGCAUAACUGCAUUUUCUUUAGAUAAGAAGAGACUAUUAGGAGACAUGAAAGUAAAAGAUGCAGCAAAACAUGCUGAUUUAGCAUGGAGACCGAUUUCUUAUCCAAAAUGUAAAACUGCUCCUGUUGUUAUUUCUGGUGUACCUGUAGAUACACCUGGGGUAUCUCUUCGUUCUUUCUUGUUAACUAGGGCAGGACUGUCUCCUUCUGCAGGUGUCUCCUUUUCUAUUUGUGUCUCCUCGUCAGAGGGGGCUUGUGUUGCAUUAGAUUGGGAGGAGGAAGCAGGAGGGUUUGAGGAGACAGCAGCAGGCAGCAGCAGCAGCAGCAGCAGAAGCAGCACGGAGGAUGAGGAAGAGCAGCAGCAGCAGCAGCUGCUGCUGCAGCAGAUAGGGGGGAGAGCAGCAGCAAGGAGACAACCCCUUGGAUUAACACGCCGUUUGCUUCUUGCUGCAGCAGAGGGAUCAAAGAUAUUCGUAUUUAAGAAAGAGGGUGUCCCCUUACCUGCUGUCUCUUUGUCUCCAUUAACAUAUAAACAUUUAUUUUAUAUACCUAUAGAGGCACAAGUGUCUCCUCCUCCUCCUCCGCCUCCUCCUCCUCCUCCUCCUUCAUCAACUAUCUCCUUUUCUCUCCUUGUUGGGCCCCACAAACAGCAACAGCAGCAGCAGCAGCAGCAGCAGCAGCAAGGAGACAGCAGCAGCAACGGUCUGCUGCAGAUACAAGAUGUGUCUCCUUUUAUGCUGCAAGAAGAAUUUGUGCAGCAAUUAGCAUGGCAACGCAUGCAUGCAACUUUCUCUAAUCCUUCUCGUCAAUUCCGUCUAUGUUAUCUACCUGCUGCUGCUGCUGCUGCUGCUGCAGCAGCAGGAGCAGGAGCAGCAGCAGGAGUAGGAGGAGCAGCAGGAGCAGCAGGAGCAGGAUCUCCUGCUGCUCCUGGUGCUAGUGGUGGUGCUGUUAGUGGGGUUGGUGCUGAUGGGGCUUUGCCUACUGCUGCUGUUCCUGCUGCAGCAGCAGCAGCAGCUGCUGCUGCUGCAGCUGCUCCUGCUGCUCCUGCUGCUGCUGGGGCUGUGCCUUAUGUUGCUGUUCCAACAGCUGCGACGCAUGCAGCAACAGCAAGCGGUGCAGCAUUAGCAGCACGUACAGGUCUUACUGCAGCAGGAGGUGCAGCAGCAGCAGCAGCAGCUGCUGCUGUUGCAGGAGAAGCACAUGAGGAAGACAUAGGAGGUGCAGCAGCAACAGCAGCAACAGCAGCAACCGGUCCAACAGGCGUACCAUCAACAGGAGCAGCAACAACAACAGAAGCAACAACACCAACAGCAGCAGCAGCAGCAGCAGCAGCAGCAGCAGCAAGGGACUGCAUAAGUCUGCCCCCUGGUAGUUCUGUAUACGAUGUAGUAAGAGCAGCAGAAGAAGCAGGGGGACAAGUGUCUCUUAUGCCUAUAGACAAUGAGGAGACACAAGGAGACACAAGGAGACAGCAGCAGCAGCAGCAGCAGCAAGAGCAGCAGCAGGAGCAGCAGCUGCAACAGAGAGCACAACAAGGAUAUUUUAUUUGUUAUCCUCCCCGGGUGUCUCUACAAGAUAAUUACGUUAGCGUAACAAUAGGCCUCCCCUCUGGUGGUACAUUUUCUGUGCAGCAGCAGCAGCAGCAGCAGCAGCAGCAGCAGCAGCAACAGCAGCAGCAACAGCAGCAGCAGCAGCAGAUGAUGAUGAUUGCUACAGGGAAGUAUAAGGAGACACUUAUGAUGCAUGCAUGCGAACAAGGAGACACUGCUACUAUGCUACAGUUCAGGUUUAGGCCCCUAGAUAGUCCCUCUUUCUUGUUGCGCAUGCAACCAUUAAGAGACAAAGUUAUUGACUUCCUUACUGGAGAUAUUAGUGAUUAA